CGAAGCCGGGUCACCUUUAAGGGACCUGGAAGGGAGUGUUUGGCCUCCGGAACAGCGUCGCGAUGUGGUUCGAGGUUCUUCCCGGGAUCGCUGUUAUGGGCGUGUGCUUGUUCAUCCCGGGAAUGGCCACCGUGCGCAUCCACAGGUUCAGUAACGGGGGCAAGGAAAAAAGGGUUGCCCAUUAUCCAUAUCAGUGGUAUUUGAUGGAAAGAGAUAGGCGCGUCUCUGGAGUAAACCGUUCCUAUGUGUCAAAGGGUUUGGAGAACAUUGAUUAAGGAAACGUUUU